UGUUAUUACUUAAUAAAUUCUUUCAACAUGGUUUAAAUAGAGUUUAUCACUACUGUUUUUUUGUGUGAAAUCACGUUUUUAAAAUAUAAUUUUAACUAAAAAAAAUUAUUUAUACACAAAAAAAAAUGCUUUUUUUUAUUUCAAUAAUUUUUUUAUAUUGCUUAAAAUUGAAUGGUGCUGACCCUAUCGUAAGAUAUCAACCAGAACAAAUUCAUCUGUCAUUUGGUGAAUCUGAAAGUGAAAUAGUUGUUACAUGGUCCACACACAAUAAUACAAGUGAAUCAAUUGUAAAAUAUGGAAUAAAUGGUCCAAUUCUUCAAGCCAUUGGUAGUUCAACUAUAUUUGUUGAUGGUGGAGAUCUUCACCGUUCACAAUAUAUUCAUAGGGUGAAACUUAAUAACUUGCAACCUUCAUCUCAAUAUGUUUAUCACUGUGGAAGUAAUAAAGGCUGGUCAGCUCAAUAUUCAUUUAAAACUAUUCCAAGUGAUGAUAAUUGGUCACCAAGCCUUGCUUUUUUUGGUGAUAUGGGCAAUGUCAAUGCACAAUCACUUCCUAGAAUACAAGAAGAAACUCAAAGAGGACUAUUUGACAUGAUACUUCAUAUUGGUGACUUUGCAUAUGAUAUGGAUAGUGAAAAUGCAAAAGUUGGAGAUGAAUUUAUGCGUCAACUUGAACCUGUUGCUGCCUAUGUUCCUUACAUGACUUGCCCAGGAAACCAUGAACAAAAAUAUAAUUUUAGCAAUUACAAAGCUCGUUUUAGCAUGCCUGGAAAAUAUGAGAACAUGAUGUAUAGUUUCAAUUUGGGACCAGCUCAUUUUAUUAGCAUUUCUACGGAGUACUAUUACUUUUUGAAUUAUGGAAUCAAACCUUUAGUGACACAAUAUGAAUGGCUUGUCAAUGACCUUAAAGAAGCUAACAAACCUGAAAUUCGUAAACUUAGACCUUGGAUAAUUGUUUAUGGACAUCGUCCAAUGUAUUGUUCAGAUGCUGAUAAAGAUGAUUGUACAUAUCAUGAAACAAUUACUAGAGUUGGUCUGCCUUUAUUGCAUUGGUUUGGAUUAGAACAACUAUUUUAUGAUAAUGGAGUUGACUUAUGUCUAUGGGGGCAUGAACACACUUAUGAAAGGAUGUGGCCAGUAUUUGAUCAUCGUGUAUACAAUGGAACCAUUUUUGAACCCUAUACUAAUCCUGGAGCUCCUGUACAUAUUACAUCGGGUUCAGCUGGGUGUCAAGAAAGAACUGAUACUUUUAUUCCAAAUCCACCAGAAUGGUCUGCCUUAAGAAGUAGUGAUUAUGGUUAUAGUAGAAUGAAGAUCUACAACAAUACCCAUUUAUACACAGAACAAGUAUCAGAUGAUAAGGAAGGUGAAGUCAUAGAUCAUAUGUGGUUAAUUAAGACUGCACAUAAACCAUAUAGCAUACCUAGUUUAAAAAAAAUUGUUUGAUAAUUGACCUAUGUAAUAUUGUAAAUAAUUUACUAGUUUAUAUUUGUUUAUUCAUUUAUUACAUUUAUUGCAAAUUAAGUUAAAACUAUGUAAAAUAUAUAAUAUUAUUAUAUAGUUUUAUGUCA